AUGGUUCCUGGAGAUCAGAGGGCUCCUUGCUCUGCAAGCGCUUGGAGAACUUUUCUGAUAGCUAAUGAGUGGAACGAGAUCCAGACCCAUAGGAAAGUGAACCCCUUGCUUCAGUUGUUUGCUGUCAUGCUGCUUUUGGAGGUGGCUGGAUUGAAGAACCUUGCGUCAAGAGACCUGAAUGUAAAUCUGCACCCAGGACCAAAUGCCUACCGUGCUUCAUGGAGCCCAGUCCUUCGGUUUGGGAUCGCUGCUUCAGUUUGGUUGGCGGUGGGGAUUGUGCAGGUGGUGCUUUCCGUCUCAUUGUACGAGCGGUUUGUGGAGGACAAGAUCCACCAGUUCGUUGAUCUUUGCUCGCUGAGUAAUGUGUCUGUGUUUAUCUUGACGCACAGAUGCUACGGUUUCUACAUCCAUGGGAGGAGUGUCCAUGGCCACGCAGAUGUGGGCAUGGAAACUAUGCACUUGUAUCUCAGGAAGGAGGAAGAAAACCUUUGCCCUCUGAGAGGACUGGAACCCAACUCUGACGUGCAAACUUUUGAGGUGCUUCUCACAGAACGGAUGCGGGCGCUCUAUGACCGAGUGACCCAGUCUUUCACGGAGACUCCACGAGGCCUCCGAGCACAGUCUGACCUUCAUGAACAAAGGCUAAAAGGAUACUAUACCUUGAAUCGCUUCCUGGUCUCCUUCUUUGAACAUAGGCACCAAGAGAUGGACUAUGUAGUUAAGGACAAGUUUUUUCUGGAGCAGGUCAUGGACAUGGAGUUCCAGGGACCAACCGACACGUCCGUCCUCUAUAAUGAUGAUGGCGCAUUAUUCAGCCGAACACUGUUCUACAGACAUGAACUGCUGCUGCUUCUCUUUGAAACCCUCGUCUUCUCCGCUGUGGAUUUGGGGGCACAGGAUUUUGUGUUGGCCACAAUUGUGACUUUUGUUGUACAAACGCUUCUGCGGAUGCUGCGCGACGCCCUUGGAAGGCGGAACCUUGCAGAGAAAACCUUGGUGGAGAAGCAGUUUCUGAUCUAGCCUGCCCUGGGGCCCCAGGCCCUGCUUGCCGCUGCUCCUCGCUGCACCAAAGUGUCUGGGAAUGCGCAUCCUCUGGCCCGCGGCCGUGGUGUCGGCAUCUGCUGUCAGCGCACGUGCUCUGCCCCAGAACCUGUUCUUGUGGCUGGGCCAGCCUUGGAGCACGUGCGAGAGGAAGAGCGACUCUGCACGCGGAUCACGCUUCCCUCUGCACAGCACCAGUGACAGGUGGCAGCAAGACGUCGUGUGGCUGCGUGGCUUCAUUGCAGUCCAAAGGGGAGGAAUUCAGGAACACAUUUUGCAAACUCUGAAAUCUGAGGUGAUUGAGUCACAGAGGAGGGCAACUCAUGGCCCUCAAGAGGCUUUGGCCUACAGCUCCCAUCGUCCCCUGCCUUUGGCUAUGGUGCCUAGGGCUGAUGGGAGCUGGAGUCCAAGACAGCUGGGGGAGGGCCAUGAGUUGUCCAUCCCUGAUGUAGCAGAUAGAAUUUUGGACAUCAACUGGGGUUCAAAACAUGUUCCAUCAUGCAGCUCCCAGGCGGGUCUGGGGCCCAUCCCCCCUUUUCAUUCUACCCCGCCUUGCAGCACCGUUGCACAGAUACAGCGUCAGGGCGGUGGGGGGGCAUGUGUGCAGCCCCGCUUUCCUCAGGAAAAGGACAGAAUACGAAAUGAAGGAACCAACAACACCACCACCAAGAUUCCACAAUGGGUUGCAAAGGGUGCAAUUUCGAAACCUUCUUCCGACUCUCUUGUAGCUGAUUUAAUGCCAAGUUUAAAGCCCCUCUUUAAAAUAAGUUUCUGUUUUUCUAUUUUAUGAUUUUUCAGUUGUACUUUUAUUUGUUAACUGCUCAAAAUAAAUAUUUUUCCUUUA